AUGUCGACGACAGACUAUAGUGCCUACGUAGGUUCCACGUCGAGACCGCAAUGGCCGUGCGGGGUCAUCACCGCAUACGCACGGUGCCCCACAUUCGACUCGAGCAGUACGCCGAGCGGCUCGUACGCUCGCUGACGGUUCUUGCCCUACCUUGCUCUUGCCCACAGACGCAGAGUGUGAUUGAUUCGAUUGGCAAGAAUGCCUCACCCCGCGUCAAGGAGGCGUUCCCGAUCAUGCUCAAGCACUUGCACGCUGCGAUCAUCGAGACGGGCCUGACGACCGAGGAGUGGCGUGAGUGCGGUGCAUCGGGAUCGUAUUUCGUGGCCGAAGAAUCUCAUGCUCCGCUGUCAUACUACCUAUGACCCCAGUUGGGAUCUGUAAUCUACUCAUCGAAGCUGGUACGUAAAGCUUAGCCGAGUCGAUCAGCGAGGCUCGGGCCCGAAUCUCACUCGAUCGUCACUUUUCGCUCGCAGGCAAGGUUUCGGAUGACAAGCGCAACGAGAUGGUUCUAGUGACCGACGUUCUUGGCGUCGAAUCCCUUGUUGACAUGUAUGUUACUACAAAAAUUCGGUGCCGAACACGAAUUCCGAGCUCCGAAGCUGACGGAUAGUCCUUCCUGCGGCUUGAUCAAGGUUGGAGCAUGACAAGUACGCCAAAGCUGGAGUCGAUGCCACCCCUUCUGCCAUCCUUGGUCCUUUCUAUCGACACGGUGGGUCGUUUGGCUCGUUCUCGGAAUAGCUGCGACUGACCUGUCCUUCCCGCGCAGGCGUGACCCCGCAGCCAAUGGGAACUUCCAUCAUUCGUGAAAAGGAGCCAGGCGCGCCAUUCGCACAUCUCUUUGGCACCGUAUUCGGCUGCGAUGGCAAGCCAUUGAAGGGCGCAAUCGUCGACAUCUGGCACGAUGUAAGCACAUUUUUCUUCGUAAUUGGACUGCUGAGCAGGGCUGACAGGACUGAGCUGAUUUUUCUUUUUCUUUUUCGGCGCUGCUUCAGGCUCCUGACGGCUACUACGAUGCUCAGAGCCCCGACAAGGCAGAAUACCACUGCCGUGGUCGGUGAGUGCGGAUACGACAAAUUACGCGAGCGAAAUGCGUAGCUGACCACAGAGCCUUGCGAUCAGCUUCGAGACGGGAGAAGAUGGAAAGUACUCGACAAUCGCGCUCGUCCCGACGCCGUACCCGGUCCCGUUCGAUCACACUGCCGGCAAAGUAUUGACGAUGAUGGAUCGACACGCAUAUCGACCUGCUCAUAUCCACGUGGGUUUAGAGUGGAUGCCUUGCUCACAAUAGUGGUGUGAUGAGAUGCGCUGACGUCGUUGUGGUGGUCGCGUUCACAGUUUUACGUUAGCGCUCCCGGUCACAAAACCCUGGUCACCCAAGUCUUUGACCGCAACUCCAAGUACCUCGACGACGAUGCCGUCUUUGCCGUCAAGUGAGCUAUUCGCGGUCCCAGUACUGGCGAUCGAGCUGACGACGCUGUAUCAUGGCUCCCAGGGACUCGCUCGUCGUCGACUUUGUCCCCGUUUGUCACCCCUUGCCCAAUGGCGGUGAAUUCGACGAGACGCCCAAAUUGGAGCUCAAGUACGACAUCACCUUGGCUUCCAACAAGCUCGAAUGA